UGCAUCUUUCUUCCUUGUUUUCCAACCCCAGGUUCAUCUCACUCUCUCAAAGCCGAUUUCCUUGGCUGGGCGGGGGCGGAACCACGGCCGGGUCAUGAUUACAUAUUCUCAUCGUAUUUCUAGAAAUAUUCCCCGAUUACGGCCAAAUCCCGACUUCUCCUCCAACGGUGUUUUGUCAGCGAAAAUCGAACGGUCCCAUUGUCCGCCUGCGGAAUCGCCCUCCUCCUCCUCCUCCCCCCAAUCCCUCUUCUUCUUUUCUCUCACCAUCCUCUUUCCUUUCUUCUAUCUUUCUCCUCCAGCUCUUCUCAUGUAACGGCCGCUCGAUGGCCUUCCGCUCGGCAUCUGUCUGCUUUUCCGCUGGGAUCCACUGAUCGCAUUCCCCGCGCAUGUCUCCGUCAGCAUGCCCCGCGCUGGAUGGGCGGCCGGCGGUCUCCCAGCGGCCUUCAAUGGAUAGCACUGACACCAUCAUUGUCGGGAACGGCCCGUCAGCCAUGAUCCUGUCCUACAUCUUCCAUGGUCAUAUUCCCUACUAUCAAGCCGAUCCGCCGCACCCGGAUCCCCUGCUGCAUGCCAAGCUGCUGCAGAAACCGGCCCUGCUUCAGGCCGACGUGAACAAGCUGACUGAGCAUUUUGCCGCCUCGCGCUUGUCCUACUCGACCCAGGCCCUGCCGGUCAAUGUGCUCCUCGACACCCUGGUGCGACCCAGUCUGGACGUCGAGGAGCUGGAGUGCGUCACCAACGUCGAAUGGCGGUACGAGCCUGAAAAGGCCGUGCCUCAUUUGGUGUUUGGCGACGCCGCGUGCGCUGGCGGUCAAUGGACCGAGAAUCCCAUGCCUGCGAGCUGGGACAUCCAGACCCUGAGCUAUGCAUCGAUGUUGUCGCUGCCGGGGUAUUCGUUCGCCGACCACCACCGUGCAGUGACCGGGAAGGAUCUGCCGGAAUUUACGCGGCCCAGCCGGCAGGAGACGGCGGAUUACUUCCGUCGGUAUCCCGGGGCCGUGCACAUCGGCGAUGUCUUCCGCUUCAACGAAACCCUGUCGGGGAUCUCGCGCACGGACCAGGGCUUCUAUAUCCGCUCCCACAAUCUCCAUUGUAAACACCUGGUCCUGGCCACGGGGAUCUUCACCGAGGUGCUGCAGCCGAGUCCACUGCUGCAGCCCUUGCGGUCCCUCGAACCGGUCCCCUCCAUCCCGUUGCUGGUGAUCGGCUCGGGAUUCUCUGCGGCCGAUGUCAUCAUCUCCGCCCCUAAGGAUCAAAAGAUCUUGCAUGCCUUCAGGUGGGAUCCAGAAGGCCGGCCAUCUCCUCUACGGGGCUGUCAUCACCAGGCUUACCCGGAAUAUGCCGGAGUGUACCGUUUGAUGAAACGGGCGGCGUUGGCGGCGGCCCCAGCACCGCCCAAACGGGGCAAGAUGCGACGGACGACGUCAACGCCGUUUCUAGAAUCGCGGAAAUGGGACGACGUCUACGAGGGUCUUCCCAAUCUGGAGAUUGUCAACGUCGAGAUGGAGGCCGACCAGGCGCUCGUCACGUUCCGUCAGCCCGACGGGCCAACCUUCGUCCGUGCUAUUCGUGGGCUGGUCUAUGCCACGGGCCGUCGCGGUACACUGAAGUAUCUCGAUCCUUCUCUGCUCGCGGAAGUCUUGGGUCGCACAGACGCGGACUCGAUUGUCACCAACCAGACUCUACGUGACAAAGCACUCAAUGACAUGGAGGUGGCGCCGGAUGUCUUCGUCAUUGGGAGUUUGACCGGAGACUCUCUGAUCCGGUUCUCCUACGGGAGCUGCGUCCAGGCGGCAGGCAAGGUCAUCGGAGCGUCAACGGGACAGGACUGGGUUUGGAACAGCUCGGCUCAUACCUCGCGUCCAUCCUCGUCCUCCGUGGGGGUUCUGCGGGGGCUUGACGGACAUGACGUCUAUCCGGCCGGGGCAACUUGGUCCCAGGGCGACGAGGAUCGAUCGGUGUUAUAUACGAUCCCGGAGCGGAUCUUGCCCGGCGGACUAUGGAAAUGGCUCCGAAAAUGGUGGAAUGUGAAUUGAUAUGGGUAUGGUGUACAUGAUAAGAUCUUAUGUACAAAGGCCAUAGAUCUGGCCACGGAUUGCACUGUUUAUAAUAGACAUGAUCUACUGCGUAGAUUGCAUAUAGCUGUGGCGGUUUAUAAAGCCAGAGAUAUGAUACUUGCUCAAACUUGAAU